AUGAGAAAUUACACAUCAUUGGGCCUGAAAGAGUACAGGAGUUCCAUGUUUGCGUUGGCACCAGUGCCUACAUUCCAUGGCCCCUCAAUGUCAUUUCAAGGGCAGGCCACAGGUCAACUGUUAUUAACUUGAUAUUUCAGCGUAGGCAUAGCGAAAAGAAGGUCCUGGUGGCCUCACUUACAGGGCAGCGUGACCUGAAAGCAGAUAUCCAUUUUAGAGACAGAAUCAGUUUAUCUAGUGAGAACUCGGGAGUGUUUCUAGACAAAGUCAGCAUGGAAGAUGAUGGAACCUACUUUGCUCAGGCACAUAUUAGUAACGGUCAGGUCUGGACCAGAGCUACCAACUUAACAGUGCACAUACGGCCAAUUGUAUACAAUGGACGAUUGAAUGUUAGUCAGUCGGAGGUGACCUUCCACUCCAUUAGGAACGUUCACUGUAUCAACAUAACUUGUGGAACACUGGAGUACGCCGGCUAUCCUCCAGCCAAGUUUGUGUGGACAUCAAAGACAUUAUCUACCAAGACAGCAACAGAUGACUCGGCCAGCUCCGUGCAGAUCUGUUCCCCUUAUGUUGGCGAAGUCACCUGUUCUAUUGCAGGCUUUUCCUCAAUAUGUACCUAUGACCAUGCGUCUACAGUGCAUCUGGAUCUUCCAGGGCCUUCCAUCAAUACCACGGUUGUAGCAAAAAGUACCUCAACACAAGACCUGGUGCUGACGAUUGUCAUGCCAAUCUUAGCUGUGCUGGUUCCCCUGGCAGUCCUGGGCUUGUGGGUUCUCAGACAUAUACUCAGGUCCAACUCUCAGUACAGAGAACAAGAGCACUUCAAUCACACAGAGCCCCAGGCUGAGAUGGACAUUGGGGAACCCAUGCCGUCAGACCAGAAUGACGAAGAGAGUGAUUUAGAACAGACCCAAAUUGAGGUCAAGUUCCAAGUGUAUGAUGGCGAUGAGGAUCGCAUUCACAACUGCCUGGGAGCGAACCACGCCGAGUACCAUCCUGAACUUAAUGACGAUUUUGAGAGUGUGCAGCGCCAUGUAGGUCGGGAUGAAAGCACCAGUCAUGAGAAUUAUGGGAACCAGACAAAUGAGGAGCGGCCUUUAGUGGAUG